AUGAGUUCUCUCUUUGUCUAAUGCAUGGCUUGUAAGUAAAGGCCAGCAACCAUCAAAUGUUCAGAAUGUAAACCUGGACAGAUAUACUGUAUCUGUUAUGCUUGCAAUACACAAGUCCAUAAUAAAAAAGGUCCAAUUGAUUCCCAACAUAUAACAGAAAUUAUGUCAUAUCAAGAAAUGAAUAUAAAGAGUUAAUCUGCUGCAGGUAUUCGAAAUAAAUAACUAUAAAGCAAACCUGAAUUAAAGUAGAAACCAAUAUAAUAAUAAAUUCAAUAUCAAUAACCAUAACCAUAAGCCUCUGCCUAAAUUUAAUAAUUUGUAACUUCUCAAAAAAUGGGAAAGUUUGAUUUGGAAACCAAAAAUAUCCAAUCAAGUAAACCUAAUUCUACUUCAAACAAAGAGGUGCCAAAAGUUGCAUAAGUUUCCUAGGGUAAAUCUGAAUCACUCCAACAAUUAACCAAAAUCAAGCAUAAUUAUAUUGGAAGAUAAGAGGAUUCGGAAUUACCUUCUGAUUAAUCUAAAGAAUUGGCAGUUUAGGUUAAAAGAGAACAAGAAAAUAAUAAAAAGUUGUAGAUUGAAUUGCAAUAGACCAAAGAUUAGCUUUAGAAUAUAAAUAAAGAAGUUGAAAAAAUAAUGUAAUAUUAGUUAUUAAUAAUAAGACAAUAAAAUCAAAAAGAUUUGGAGAAGAAAAUUAAUGAUCUAAAGAAAUAAUACCAUGAGGAUAAAAAGAAAACUGAAUAAUUGUCUGAAGAUGUUAAAAAAUUAAAAGAACAAUUGAAAACCACUGAUUUAUAGACAAAUAAGAAAUUAGAUUAACAAAAGAAACUAUAUGAGUAGUAAGUAAAAUAAUUAGAAGAUGUUGCAUAAGAGAAAUAGGAUUAAAUAUUAGAAAUUGCUCAUGAAUUUUAAAAUUAUAAUUUUGAGGAGAUAUAAGCUAAAAUGGAAGAAAUGGAGAAUGAAAACAAUCAGAAAGAUUAAUUGAUAUUAGAAUUAUAAAACUAAUUACAAGAGAAGAAUUCUGGAUCAAAAUAAAAUGAUAAUUAAGAAUCUGAUGAAAAUUGGUAAAUUUAAUUGGAGGAAAAGGAUCAAGAAAUAUUAAAACUAGAAGAAAUAAUAGAAAAUUUUAAAUAGUUAUAUCAACACAUGUUAGAUGAGAAACAAGUUUUGGCAGAUGAAAACGAGAAGCUAGUAUCUGAGAAUAACCAAUUCAGAGAAUUAUUCAAUUAAAAUUUACAUUUAUUUGGAAUUAAUCCAGAUGAUUUGGAAGGUGGCGAUGAAGAGGAAACUGGAGCAGAAGCCGAAGCAGAAGAUUAUCGUCAGCAUGAUGAUUAUGAGGGUUGA